CUCUAUAAAAAGUUGAACUGUUUACCUUCCGCUGCAGGCGGAAGUGUUAGCACGCUACCAAACUGGAUAAAAUGCAAAAUGUAUUCUCACGGUUCCGAAAGUUUAAUUAAACAAGCAAGAGAGAUUCAGGAGUCUGAGUUGCAAAAGUUUUAUAACAGAUUAAUCAAGUUGCUGCAAGGAAAAGAAUAUGGGCACGAGACUGUGGACUCCUUGCAAAGGCUGCACCUAAUUCUCUCUGCCACCAAGUACACAAGGACGUUGCCACUCGAGCUUCAAAAGAGGCUUCUACCGCUCCUCUUUUCACCUGUGGAGCAGCUUCAGGUGCUGAGCUCAGCUGUGCUCAGAGAGGCACUGCCUUUCACUGGUCAGGCAGACAUCUACAAGCAGGACAGCAAUGGUCAGCUGAAUAGCCAUGCAGCAGCACUGCUGCUCUCUCAGGCUGAAUCCCGAGAUGAUUUGUCAGCUCUUUGCGCUCAGCUCCUCCGCAGUCUGGAAAACCGACCCUCAGAGGGGCCGAAUUACUCAUUCACACAUACCCUGCCAAUUGUCAACAUCAUCCUUACACACAGCCCUGAGAGUCUUACAGAAGAUAACAUAACCCUUCUAAGUAAAAAGCUUGUUGAUUGGCUGCGGUAUGCAAGCACUACGCAAGGAGGUGGGGCUUCUUCAGGAGGAUUCUUCACUGGAUCCAGGUCACGUCAGCCGCUGCCAAUAGCGGAGCUGGAUGGGACGGUGUCAGGAGAUUUCUUCACAGUGCUGUGUGUAGGUCAAGUUUUUACUGAAGACCAGUGGAUGAAUGUUUACUCCUUUUCCAUGCUACGACAUUGGCUCCUCACCUUCCACUCUGUGUCUGGUGGCACCAUAACAGACGCUGCAAACAAGUUACAGCUUAGUCUUUCCCUCUCUCACUCAUUUUCAAAUGACGAUAGGUCGGAGAUUGACGGGUCUGUGGUUUCCAUGGUUUCUGCCACAUCCUCCUCCAGCCGCCUGCUUCCACCGAAGGAACGCCUAAGAGAAAAGGCCUUCCAGUACUGCCAGCGCCUCAUUGAACAGAGUGAUCGCAAGGCCCAGAAGAGGACAGAUAUGGAUCUACAAAAAGCUUGUCUUGUGGAAGCGGUGUCUAUCUUGGACUGUGUGUGCGUAGAGGAUGCGUCCUUUGUCUACCGGGUGUUCCCGUGUAUUAAGGCGCUUUUUGGUCGUCUCAGCUCAGACUUGACAUUCACCAGAGUCCUACUGCCCGUGGCACAGUUCUAUCUCAAUCAUGGUGAAAUGGCUGCUGUAGACUGUGACUAUGUAUGGAACCUAGUGCUUGGUCGGUACCCAGCCGAGCUCUUUAAUGACCCUUUUUUAGCCCACGAGCUUCUGCGCUUUUUGCGACUAAACCUCGAGAAUGUGCAACUCCAAGUUCCCCAGUACACACGCAACUUUCCAAAUAUUCUUAAGUUCUUAGCGUGGGACAGCCCUGCGGUAGUGGAUGAUUUUGUUGAUCUGUUGCCCUCUAUGGUGACACCGGCUAGUGCGCUGGAGCUUCUGCAUACUUUGUUGGACCUCCCCUGUCUCUCUGCUACCCUGCUCUUGCAACUCAGGUCUAUGUUCCUUCCCAUUUCUGAUUCGGGAGGUCGCAACCUGGCAUUAAUGGACGCAUUCCGAAAUCCGUCUUACAGAGGCCUAUUUCUUUUCCUUCUUCGAAGUGAAGCAGGCUCAGGUGACACGAUUGACCGACUGAGCACACUCCUCGAGCUGUUAUCCGAGGCUGCAGAUUGGCCGAGAGUUGUUCAGUGUGCCCAGAUCGUCCCUAUUCUGCUCCACAUUUUCUUCAACACAGUCGUCAAAGUGGCUGACAAGAAGCUUUUAGGCCAAGUGAUUCUGGUACUCCUGGAGAGAAGUAGCCUCCUCCUUAACAUUCCUAAGUACAUCACAGAGAUACACAGGGUGUUCAGCCUACAGCUUACGAGCUUGUGCAAACUUCACCCCUCUUUGGUUAUGGACCAAUCCCACGAGCUGCUGGAGUUUGCUGGAGCCACGUCCAAUGUUUACAGCAAACAAGAAAUUUACACACAUGUGGUUUUGGUGCUUGGCGAGUACCUUUCUGUGUCAUAUGACGCUCGUUGCUCCGUGAAGCUCAUCACUUCCUGUUUUGAGACUUUAGAAGCAGUGUUGUUUGAGAUCACAUCAUCUGCCCCGCCUCCUGGAGCCAGCUGCCCCGCCCCUCGCGUCAUCACCACUCUGAUAAGCGCCCUUGCUAAGCUGGCAUCACGAUCACAUGACCUAAUACCCAGGGUGUCCCUGUUCCUUUCUAAACUGAGGAAAGUAUCUAGUGGUGGAUCUGUUUCAUGGUGCGAGGACGAAGAGGACCUUGCUUCCAUAGUAACUCUUGGGGAGGAGUUGUGCGCUCUCCUGAAGACUCCUGGUGUUGCACAAAGCGUCCUGAACCCACCACCGCACGUCACUACACCGCAGUGGCACCAAGACGCCAACGUGGCCAUGCCGCUCCAACUGCGAGCGCUCACAACACUCAUGCAGGGGCACACGUCACGUUCUCAGCAAACGCCUACUUCUCCGUCACCCUAUACAAGCAUGUAAACCAACAUCAGUGUCCAAGCUGUAUACCUGCUUCUGUUUAGAGUUGAGGGUGAGCUGAAAUCUUUCACAACUGACUUUUCGCUGAAUGGUCCUUGAGAUUUGAACUUGGGAGCCUUUGAGUAAUCCAUGAACAAAAUUAUCCACCUUUAUACUGCAGCACUUUUUGUAAAUACAUGCCUAAUCAUGAGAGGAAAAAAGAUGAAAAACACAUCUGUUUACAGUAAUAUAUUAUCUUUUUUCCUUUGCUGCCGUUGACAGCGAUAGACGUCCAAGUCAUCUGAAGUGGGACAGGUGGCAGUGAGUGAACAAAUGUUAAUUUGCUGCCACCCGCCCCCUACAAAUGGAUUGGACGUCUGCUAAUGAUGAACUCAUUUCAAUUCACGGGAGAAGGAUGAAUGGAAAUCUAUCAUUGUCAAUAGCACUGAAAGAGUUAAUGCAACUUAAUUUCAUUUUACAAAUCAUUUUGAUUUAUAGAAAAAUGUGGGGGAAAAAAUAUCUCCAGAGCCUCCAGAUUUGCCGGUCAGAGGUGUUUGCAAAACAUUUGGGGAAGUUUUUGAAGUAUAGGGAUUUAUUAGUAAAAAGUGCAUAAAGUUUUGACAAAAAUAUGGCAACAAAAAAAAAUAACAGUUGCAAGUGACAUUUUACCUCAUCUGUAAAGGACUCGAGCGUCAUCAAAUCAAAGAACCUUCACUUCAAAUGAGCAUUGAUAUUGUUCAUACAAAUUUGAACUGAACUGAAUGAUGAGACUACUGCUGCAUAGUAGUGCUGUACAGUACAGUAUGUGUAGCCAAAAUGAUAUAAAACUUCCUAUUUUAUUUUGUCAUUAUCGCCAUAAUUAGACCUGUUCCUGCAAUGCACAUUUUGGCCAGCAGAUGGCGCCCAACUUUGCUGACUUGCUGAAGUUUGGAUUCCAUAUGCCAGGGGUCCCAAAAUUAUUCCAUAUCGGGUCGCAGUGGAUGCUGGAUUUCUUUUCAACAAAAAGGGAUCUUUCCACCAAUCUGGUGUCUAACAAGUGUAAUCAGUUGAUUGUAGUCAGGUGCUGCUUGUUUUAGCAGAAACCUCAUUGGUUAAACGGUAUGUGCUCAAUUGGAACAAAAACCAGGACCCACAGCGGCCCUUAAGUUUGGACACUAUAGAUGUGACCGAAAAUUCUGCACCAAAAAUAGCUAAAAUUGCAUUCUCAGUUUUAUAUUACCACCGAAAAGUGUGAAAAACCGUACUCCUCUUGUGAUGUGAUUCAUUGGAAAAUAAUGAAAUUUUAAAAAUUAAAAAGUUGAAUUGUAUAGGCCUACAUGAGUAUUAUUCGUUUAUUCGGCCAAGUGUUUCCGAUAUUCAGUUUUGGCCAAGAAUUUUGCUUUCAUUACAUCUCUUGGACACCCCUGCCGUAUGCCAUAUUAGCACCAGCAAUCAGACACCAGAUAUGCCUAUCGCCACGCAAUAGCAAAUUGGCUUCCCCUGUUGACCGUACAUGAGUAAUGCAUGCAAGACAAAAGUAGUAGCACAUUAAUCAACACAGACAACACAAUUCGUUCCAAUUUUAUAAGUAAUUUAUUAUUGCUAUUAUUCUAACUUAAUACACAGCUGUCUUAAAAUUCAAAACCACACAUAAGUAUUAGUAAAUAAUGAGCUAUCUUUACAUUUGAGCAAAAGUAUGUGUGCUACUGUGCUGCUCAUGCUCACACCGGAUAGUUUUAGGUUUCAUCAUUACUUGAUGCAUUUAACAUUUGUUGCAGGUCAAUUUAAUGGCAAGUCAAAAGUGUGAAAAGCUAUCAUAAUUGAUAGUUUUUCACCAAAUGUAUUAUAUCAAGGCAUGUCAUUAUUGUGAUAAAAAAUGGAUUUUAUUCAAUAUCACACGGCACCACGGCACCAGCUUGUGAACUUGAAGUACUUUCAUUUUUCAUUAACAAAAGUGAAAAAGUGAAAUUUGAUGCAUUGGAACAGAGGGAAAAAAAUGAAAAACAUUCUAAUUAGGCUUGAUUUCCUGCCUUAAAACUGCCUGAAUGUACAGUGUAACAUAACCUUGGGUAUUCCACCUAGUGCAAAUGAUGCAAGCUAAAACCCAGGAGAGUAAAAUAUUCUUUUGCUGUUAAUAUUCAUCUCAGAGUUCUCAUUUAACCAAAUAUUGGUCAUCUAAACGUUGUUGCAAAUCAAUGUUGUACCUAUAAGGUAAUGAAAAUAAAAGACUUCUACUAUGA